UCAAACGAAAAUACAUCUUCGGAGUUUACAUUAAAAACGGAACAUGUGCUUGGAUAAUCCAGAUACUUUUAUACAAACAAUUGACUCUGGGUCUUACGCAAGUAUCCACCUGAAAAUGAAGGAGAGAAAAUCAAGAUGAAUAGGAGUUUAUCAUACGUGGGAAUUUUUGUUUGUGUGAACAGCGUUUUUUCCUACAGAGUAUAUCAAAACCUGAUACCAAAUGGCAACAAAGUACCCCACCCUUGUAACAAAGGCCAAACAUGGCAAGGAGUUGGACAUCGACAAAAUGACGGCGGAGAUGAACUAAAUCCGUUUGGAAUCGACUUUCAGCAAUUCGGAGAGUGGAAUAAAAAGCUGUGCCUAUUGGAUUCUGAUGGGGAUGGGAGACACAAUGGUGAAGAACUUGGUGAUCCCAAUUGUACAUGGAAGACACCGUAUGAUACUGUCAACCUCCUUACAAUAAAUUUAUCUCAUCCAGGGAUUUGUGAACCAUUAGAUAGUUCAUUGUGUCAGGAAAGAGCAUGGCUUUCUUGCGAAGCAUCCAUAGACGACUGUCCAUCGCUGAAGGAAAAAGAUACAAGAAAUAUAACUGUAAAGAUGCCAAAAAGGAAAGUACCAAAGCAGACGACAACUUACAUGUGUCUGAUAUUUGAAUUUCCACAAGACCAAGAUUACCACAUCGUAGCAACAAAGCCCGCCAUUGACAACAAACACGUUAUGCAUCAUAUUCUCUUAUUUGGUUGUGACGAAUCAGUGGAAGACAUCACAGAAGACAUGAAUGAACCAUUUACCUGUGGUAUGAUUGCGAGCCCUAAAUGCUCGAGUGUGAUUGGUAUUUGGAGUAUGGGAAUGUCAGGGGAAUGUUCACACAAUAGUUCAGGGUUCCGAAUAGGAAAGAACGGGUUUAGGAAAGGUGCACUUCAGAUUCAUUGGAACAACCCUGACCUCCACGACGGGAUGACAGAUGCGUCUGGGAUGACAAUAUUUUACACGCAUGUAUUACGGCAAUACGACGCUGGAAUUAUGAUAGUCGGGCAGUAUUGGAUUGAUCUUGCGCCAAAGAAAAAGAGAGUUGUCGUUACUGGCGAAUGUUCACCUGACUGUUCAGACAAGCUUAUUGAAGAUGAAAUCUUUAUUACUUCUGGAUAUAAUCAUAUGCAUUAUUUAGGUCGUCAAGAACGUAUAGAACUUUACCGUAAAGACAGAAAAAUAAAAGAUCUAGCAUAUGACCAGAAUUUCAACUACGACAUGCCUGUGCUUCAUAGCUAUCAGGAACCAGUAAAGUUAAAACCAGGAGAUGAAAUAAAAGUAACAUGUAUAUAUUCUACAACUUCACGUUCAGAAAAUGUUCAUUUUGGAUAUUCUACAUCAGAUGAAAUGUGUCUUGGAUUUUUAACUUAUUUUCCAAAAGAAAACUUGAAAGAUCCAUAUUGCACAAAUUGGAAGUCAAUAUCAAGGUGUCUUUUAUGGAAAGAAGAUGUUGACACAGAUGUGCAGGGAUGCUAUAUUCAACGUUUAUUACAAGGUCAUGAUGUAACAGCCAAUCAAAUCAUUCAAAACAUUAUGCAAGCAUGUGCUCCAUUUGAAACAUGUUCUGAUUGGUGCAGGUUUUCUUUGAAUGCAGCCAGACAGCAUCCAUGUUUCCAAGGCGAUGUGUUGGAUUUUAUUGGCUUUGAAACCAUACAUGAUUUACCAAAAUUUCUUAUUCCAUUUAUAUUAUGUGAUUUCAAAAGAGAUAUGAAUUUUUCAACAGAAGUGAUAUUUAAGAAACAGCAGACAUUUGUUCCUGUAAACCAACAUAAUUUGUCUAUAUGUCACCCAAAACUUUCUCAUGUUUCAUUAAUUCUUUUAGAUUUUAUACUUUUUAUCCUCAUUAGCUAA